AUGGCGCGAGGCACGGCGCGGGUGGUGCAGCAGGCGUCGAGGGAGGUGCGGCCGACGACGCUGCAGCUGGGCGUGGGCAUGGUGGUGGUGGCCGUGCUCGCUAAACUCGCCAUGCUCGUGAGUGGGCUGAGGAUGGGGCAUGAAAGCUUGGAUGGGGCAAUCAAUGGCAGAGGCGUGGUGGGUGGUGGUGGCCGUGCUGGCCAAGCUCGCCAUGCUCGUGAGUGCCAGGGGUUGGUGAGGCGCCAGUACGACGAGUCGAAGGAGACCCAGAGGAUGGCGCAGCGAGCCCUUGCACCCACCACUUUUCGGCGUCAGUACGACGAGUCGAAGGAAACAGAGAGAGUGGCGCGGCGGGCACGCCGGUUUGCAGAGGAGCAGGAGGAACUGGAGGCGAUGAGUCGGGAGGAGUGGGAUGCGGUGAAAGCGGCGCGGCCUCAGACGCCCUAUGAGAGCGCCUUGACUCGCUCAGGGGCACGCAUCCGCACGGGAUCAUGGCCGUCCGUGGGCGAAGCAUACAACUGGGCAAGUGUUGUGUUGACAGAUGCAAUGAAGCGAGUAGAAAGCAGCGAGAAGUCGAGAUAA